AUGUUCUGCCUGGGCGCUGAUACAGGAGGGACUGACCUGAUCUCAUGCUCCAACGUUACAAACAGUGACCCAUCAUAUUGCUGUGACCACAACACCAACUGUUGCAAUAGUGGCGUCGGCAGAUUCAAUGUACUCCCAUCUGACCCCGAAGUGUGGGCGACGUGGAACCGAAAGGCGACUCGAUAUGAUGUUGUUGGUACAAUUUUUAGUGGCCAGUCCACGACCGAAACCGCAUCGGCAACAACGGACGUCACGUCUUCUACGGCAUCUGCUUCUUCUUCCACCACGACAAGCGAUGCAUCCAUACCGUCCAGUUCUGUGCCGGAUACACCAGAGCCAUCCGAAGCACCCGCAGGGCUUUCCACCGGGGCAAAGGCAGGAAUUGGAGCUGGUGUUGGUGUCGGAGCUAUCAUGGCUGUGGCUGUUAUAUAUCUCUUUUGGAAGAUGCGUAGGAACGAAAAGGCUGCUAAGCAGGGCGAGCAACAACAACCUUCGAAUAAGAACCCGAUGACGGAUGCUUGGAAACAAUCUCAAUACGUGUAUGUUUCGAAUGGCUAUCAGUAUCAACCUCCACAUCCGCAAGAGCUAUCUGAGACUCCGUUACAGGGCUUUAAUGGGCCUGCUGAGUUGCCAGCACACAAUUGA